AUGUCGACGUAUACAAUGCUUCAUGUAACUAUUCAACGUGAUUCGAAUAGUGUGCCAUGGGGAUUUCGAAUGGCGGGUGGAAGAGAUCAUGGUGGCCCAUUACAAAUUCAAACCGUUAAUCCAAAUAGUUUAAGUGAACGAUGUGGAAUGCGAACGAAUGAUUAUAUUCUUAGAAUUGGUCAAAUAUCAGCUGAAUUUCUUCAACAUCAAGAAGCUCACGAACUCAUUAAACGGCAAAGUAAUGUAUUGGACUUAAUUUUACAAAGAGGUGCUGUUCCAACUACUGCUGACUAUAAUAGUCGUGCAAAUUUUCCGACUCAUCAACCAGCGCAGCAUAGACCACCAGCACAUGUUGUACCUCAACCUCAAUAUCAACCGCCGCCUCAACAUCAUAGCUCGCAGAUUCCUAUGCCGAUAUCACACAAUCAGGUUGUAAUAAGUGCAAGUACUAAUACACCAAUCGGUCUCUAUUCUGCUGAAAAUGUAACAGAUACCAUAGAACGUACACUUAAAAGUAUUGAUAUAGCUUCUGAUCAUCAUACAGAACAAUCGAAAAGUGCCAAUACGUAUCAACCAGCAUCAUCUCAUUCUAUGCCAAAACCAAUACCUCAUAACGAAUCACAUCAACAGCCAAAUUCGGUACCUCAUGUUUCGCCUGCAAAGCCAAUUAUAACGGACAAUGUAUCAAUAAAUAAAAGCUCACAAGAUGCAGCUGCAAUAGGCCGUCGUAUAUUCAAGAAAGGUAUCAAAGGUAGUGCUUCAUUGAAUCCAAAUGAUAAUAUAAAUCAAGUUGCUAUAUGUUUUGCAUGUGCAAUUCGUAUACGAGGUCCAUUUAUUUCGGCUAUGGAUCGUUGCUAUUGUGUCGAUCAUUUUACUUGUUCACAUUGCUCAAUAAAUCUAAUGGAAUGUGGUUUUGUUGAAGAAAAUGGAAAAUUAUUUUGUGAACUUGAUUUUGAGCAAUAUUUUGCACCUUUCUGUGCUAAAUGUGGUCAUAAAAUAUUGAAAGAAUGCAUUCAUGCACUCGAAAAAACAUGGCACCCUGAGUGUUUUGUAUGUACAGCAUGCCGACGAGAAAUCGGUAAUGGAUCAUUUCAUGUUGAAGAAGGCCAGCCAUAUUGUAUUAGCGACUACCAACGAAUGUUUCAAACCAAAUGUAGUGGAUGCGAAUUUCCUAUUGAACCAGGCGACAAAUAUCUUGAAGCGAUGGGUGGUACAUAUCAUGCAGAAUGUUUCACUUGCUCUUUAUGCCAGGUGAGCUUAGAUGGUCAAGCAUUUGUGGCAAAAAAUAAUAAACCUUAUUGUCGUCAACAUGGUCGCCCAACGUUUGCUCGCUUUAAUUAG